AAUAUCUACCAACCAGUAUUUCUGCGUUGUGCUCACUGACAACGAGACAUAGAAGCCAAAAUCUUUUCUGUAGAUAUUUAUCCACAGACCCACUAAUUUCGUAUGCCACUUUGAACUUUCAUGGGCUUCUGAACCCAAAGCGCGACAAUGGCAACCCCUGCAGCUCCAUCGUUCCUUCAUCCCAAUCUGGAAGCAACCCACAAGGUAGGCUCCCCCACCUUCCCUUGUUUCUUUCUUCCAAGAAAAAAAUAUCGUGUUUUAGCUUCAACAAUUACAGUUUAUGAGAACACUCCCAGAUCGUUGAAUACUCAUGGUAGCAAAUGUGAGAAUCUCACAGAAUUCAGUUCAAUUCCCAAAAUUGGGGUAUUGGUUAAUGCUUCUACGUUGCUUCAGUCCGUGGAUUUAAGAAACCCGGAUGUGUGUUCUGAAACUUAUGCUUUACUCCUCCAAAACUGUCGAAAAUUCAAUGCCUUUGAAUUGGGCUUUCAAAUUCAUGCCUGUAUGAUUGUUACUGGGGUGGACUUCUGUGUGUUUCUUAAUACCCAACUCCUUGAAUUCUAUUGUAAAGUUGGUUGUCUCUACAAUGCGAGACGGUUGUUCGAUAAAAUGCCGGAGCGAAAUGUUUUUAGUUGGACAGCAAUAAUAGGGUUGUAUUGUAGGUUAGGCUAUUAUGAAGAAACUAUUUGGUUGUUCUAUUUGAUGAUUGAUGAAGGAGUUCGGCCCGAUCAUUUUGUCUUUCCUAAGGUCUUCAAAGCAUGUUCAGAGUUGAAGGACUAUCAAGUAGGGAAAGAUGUUUAUGAUUACAUGCUGAGUAUUGGUUUUGAGGGCAAUUCUGUUGUGAAAAGAUCUCUUCUUGAUAUGUUUGUAAAAUGUAGCAAGAUGGAUUUUGCAAGGCGGUUGUUUGAAGAGUCGGAAGUUAAGGAUGUUGUGAUGUGGAACAUAAUGGUUUCAGGUUAUGCCACCAAAGGGGAUUUCAGGAAAGCUUUAAAAUGUAUUAAAGAUAUGGAGAUUGAGGGUAUAAAGCCCAAUCAGGUGACAUGGAAUUCGAUUAUUGCAGCAUACGCCCAAAAUGGGCUAUUCAAGGAGGCUUCAGAUUGGUUCUUCAAGUUGCAGAAUUCAGAUAAUUUUAAGCCAAAUGUUGUGACUUGGACUGCAUUGAUAGCCGGAAAUGUACAAAAUGGUUGUUCUUUUCAAGCAUUGCAGAUUUUCGGGCAGAUGGUGAAUGAAGAGGUUGAACCAAACUCGAUUACCAUUGCCAGUGUUGUUUCAGCCUGUACCAACUUAUCUUUAUCUCGACAUGGUAAGGAGAUUCAUGCUUAUUGCAUAAAAUCUGAGGGAUUGGACUCGGAUGUGCUCGUAAGUAAUUCACUGGUGGACUUCUAUGCCAAAUGCCGAGCUUUGGAGGUCGCUUGUAAAAAAUUUAAUACAAUCAAACAAAAGGACUUGGUAUCUUGGAAUGCAAUGCUUGCUGGUUAUGCACUUAGAGGUUUCCGUGACGAGGCUGUUGAGCUACUUAAAGAAAUGGAGUCACAGGGAAUUGUGCCUGAUAUUGUUACAUGGAAUGGACUCAUUACAGGUUAUACCCAGUUUGGAGAUGGGAAGACAGCUCUUGAGUUCUUUUAUAAGAUGUAUGAGACGGGAAUUGAUCCCAAUGUCACCACUAUAUCCGGAGCUCUUGCUGCUUGUGCCCAGGUGAAGGAUUUAAGGCUAGGGAAAGAAAUCCAUAGUUUUGUUGUGAGAAAUGAGUUUGAGAUGUCUACUGGUGUGGGAAGUGCUCUUAUUUCUAUGUAUUCUGGAUGUGAUCGCUUGGAACUAGCCUGCUCCGUGUUCAAUGAGCUUACCACGAGAGAUGUAGUUAUUUGGAAUGCAAUUAUUGCUGCUUGUUCUCAGAAGGGACAGGGGAUUAGUGCCUUGAACAUGUUGAGAGACAUGCAACUACAUAAUGUGGAACCCAACAUGGUCACAAUGGUUUCAGCCCUCCCUGCUUGUGCAAGAUUGGCAGCACUGCAACAGGGCAAGGAGAUUCAUCAGUUUAUUAUCAGGCAUGAGCUUGAUACAUGUAACUUUAUAUGGAAUGCGCUCAUUGACUUGUACGGUCGAUGUGGAUCUAUUAAAACAGCACGGAGAGUCUUUGAUGUGAUGCCCCAGAGAGAUUUGGUCUCUUGGAAUGUGAUGAUUGCUGGAUACGGGAUGCAUGGCUUCGGGAUGGAUGCUGUGAACCUUUUCCACCAUUUGAGAGCCACAGGGUUGAAGCCAAACCAUUAUACAUUUACAAACCUUUUGUCUGCCUGUAGUCACUCAGGCUUGAUUGAUGAAGGGUGGGAAUAUUUUGAGAUGAUGAAAUCAGAAUAUUCCUUGGAUCCUGCUGUGGAGCAAUAUGCUUGUAUUGUAGAUCUGCUAGCACGUGCAGGUCAGCUUGAUGAAACUAUGGCUUUCAUUAAAGAGAUGCCAUUAGAACCCAAUUCAGCUGUUUGGGGUUCAUUGUUGGGUGCGUGUAGAAUACACUGCAAGCCUCAGCUUGCAGAGUAUGCUGCAGGGUUUCUUCUUGAACUUGAGCCGCAGAAUUCUGCGAACUACAUACUCUUAGCGAACAUCUACUCAGCAGCAGGUAGAUGGGAGGAUGCAGCAAAAAUAAGGCGUUUGAUGAGGGAACGAGGGGUAACAAAGCCCCCUGGUUGCAGUUGGAUUGAGGUGAAACAUAGAGUCCACAGUUUCAUUGUCGGGGACACUACACACCCAUUGAUGGAUGUUAUACUCGCCAAAAUGGAUAGCUUGUAUGCAGAGAUCAAGGAGAUUGGGUAUGUCCCUGAUACAAACUUUGUCCUCCAGGACUUGGAGGAAUAUGAGAAGGAAUACAGCCUCUGUGGGCACAGUGAAAAGCUGGCUAUAGCUUUUGGUCUGAUCAGCACGCAGCCCGGGAUCCCUUUGAGAAUAAUUAAGAACUUGAGGGUAUGUGGGGACUGCCACUCUGCAACCAAGUUUAUAACUAAAGUCACUGGUAGAGAGAUUAUAAUGAGGGACUGUUACCGGUUUCAUCACUUUGUCAAUGGAGUAUGCACAUGUGGGGAUUAUUGGUAGCUGUAAAGAAAAUUUAUUGGAGCUUUUAUGAAGAUUAUAAUGCAGGUCCCAGAAGAUCAGAAUGGUCUAGGGCUUCCAGAAUACUUUGGAUUGUGGCUUUGUAAAUAAUUUAUCAGACAACCAAGAGCUCUGAGGUUUCCUUGAGGUGUCUUUACAGGACAGCCAAAAUCUACAAAACAUGGCAGGAAAGGCAUUGUUCUUCCAACCACUGACUGAAGGAAAGUUGAGGUGUGCAUAUGCAAAGCCUGCCAAAGACGUGACAUAGAAACAGAUGGAAGAAAACAGACUGGCCUUUUGCAAGCUGCGCUAUAGAAAUAGAUCAAAAUCUGUUAAAAGGACACCAUGUCGGAUCCUCCAUUUUUGGUUGGUUGUGGAUACUUAGGGCACCUUCAUGAGUUGUAUCCUGUUCUCUGUAUUCUCUGUGAAGCUUUCAAGAAAAAGCAAGUCAUGUCGGCCAUUAUUUUAAAAUGAAUAAUGAUAAUAAAAUGCCACUAAUUGUUAUAUCUA